UUUUUUUUUUGAGGAUGGAUGAGACAUGCAGGGUGAUCAGAACCUGAAGUUUGGGUAAAUGACGGUCCGCUGAUGGAGAUGUGCUGUCACAGAACAUGAAGAAAAUAUUCAACUUCAAGAAGAAGAAGGGCUUCCCUAGCUCCUCCGAGACGGGGAGUGUGUUGUCGGCCAGCUAUGAUGCGAAGGAGAAAGACCUCAGGAAGGUCCACAAGGCUGCGCUCAGAGGAGAUGUGGUUAAGGUCAGACAGCUGGCCAAAAACUAUGAUUUAAACCAGUUGGAUAAGGAAAAGAGGACAUUUACAGAACCCGUCUCACCUGCGAAGCCCUCUACACCCACCCACCUGUCACAGCUUCUUCAGUCUGCUGCCAUCAGGGAGGACUCAACUAAACCACUGAACUAAACGCUUAGUGAGAGCAGUUGAGAAGAUCAUUGGUGUCUCGCUCCCAUCCUUUCAGGACAUUUACAGAACCUAUGUCACCUGUAAAGGCCUCUGUUUCGUAGGUGAUCCCACAGACCCGUCACACAGCUUCUUCAGUCUGCUGCCAUCAGGGAGGAGACUGUGGAGUCUCCAGGCCAGGACCAGCAGACUGAAGGACAGCUUCAUCCAUCAGGCUGUCAGGAAGCUGAACUCUUUGCGGACUUUGUUGCUAUUAUUACUUUGUUUCUAGUUGAUGGUUUUUCUAAGUGAAUCUUAGUUAUGUUUGAUUGAUUAUAGGAUAUUUUAACUUAUGAGCUUGAAAGCAUGAAUUUUAUAAGUAGUAUUAUGUAGAAUAAUGUAGUAUUAUGCAAUAUUAGUAGUAUUAUGAAAGUUGCUUAGUUAUACAAUAGUUAACCAUAGUUUUAACAAAAUGAAAAUUUGCCAGAUUGAACCUUGUUAGAUUUUAAUCUGAUAGAUAUAGCGUGUAAUGCGGCCCUAGUAAUAACCAUCAGACUUGUCCUUCAGGGCUCAGCAAUAGAGAUUUGGCCAUUAGUUGUAUUAGUUUUUUACAUUCCCUGCUAACAUUUUUAUUUUCCCAACUACAAAAUAAUGAUCUAUAUCAUUUUUUAAGCAAAUGCUUUUUUAUAUUUGUUGGGUAUAUUGGUACUUUUCAUGAAAUUUAACUUAAUGUUCAUUAAAAAGAAUAUGUUCCUAUUGCUCAGUGGUAUAGUAUUGUGUCAGCAGUUCAAAAAGGUUGUGUUCGAUUUCCUGGGAACAUACAUAGUGGCAAAAAAAUGUUUAAAGCUUGAAUGCACUGUAAGUCGCUUUUGAUAAAAGCAUCUGCUAAAUGCAUAAAUGUAAAUAAGACAUGAUUGCA